AUGGCCAAGAUCGUGUCAAGCUCUCGCCGCAACUCGCGAAAGGCGCACUUCAGUGCGCCGAGUAGUGUGCGCCGGGUCAUUAUGAGCGCGCCUCUGAGUAAGGAGCUUCGCGAAAAGCACGGUGUGCGCUCGAUCCCCAUCCGCAAGGAUGACGAGAUCCAGGUCGUCCGUGGCUCCAACAAGGGCCGUGAGGGCAAGGUCAACUCCGUCUACCGCCUCAAAUACGUUAUUCACGUCAACGGCAUUGUCCGCGAGAAGUCCAACGGCCAGUCCGUCCCCGUCCCCAUCGCUCCCUCCAAGGUCGUCAUCACCAAGCUUAAGCUCGACAAGGAUCGUGAGCAGAUCCUCGAGCGCAAGAGCGCUGGCCGCGCCGCCAAGAAGGAGAAGAAUUCCGCAUAA